AUGUCUUCUGCCACACAAUCCGGACCCUAUGCUGGUCAUGGGUAUCAAUCAGGGUUCGGGCAUCCCCAAGAUCAGCCUCCACAAUAUAUGCAGUCCAACCCGCCAUCCAGAUCUUCUUAUGCUUCCAAGACACCGAUAGAGCAAACGUCGGGCUUCUAUGGCCGGGACAUGGCGACCUCGAGACGGAACCCGAAGAACUGGUCUCGAAAGUGCUGGAUCAUCUUGGCCGUCAUUACUCUCAUCGUCCUCGUCAUAAUCAUUGUCGUGGCGGUGGUGGUCAGUCGAGAGAAUCGCUAUCCCAACUACUCCCAACUCCAAUACAACUUGGUCGACACUUUUUCAGGAGACAACUUCUUCGACAACUUUGACUAUUUUACCGGUUACGAUCCUGCAGGGGGGUUCGUGCACUACGUCGAUGGGCCAGGGUCUGCCGCCCUGAACUUGACCUUUGCGACCGCCACGUCGGCCAUUUUGCGCGUCGACCUCUCCGACACUGACACGACUACUGGCCGUAAAUCAGUGCGAGUGACGUCAAAGAACACGUACAACGACGGGCUUUUCAUCUUUGACGUGAUGCAUUCACCGUAUGGCUGCUCGACCUGGCCAGCCUUGUGGCUGACGGACCCUUCCAACUGGCCGAUGAACGGCGAAAUUGACGUCGCAGAAGCCACUAAUCUUGCGCCCGAUGGAAACCAAGUCACCCUCCACACCACGAAGGACUGCAAGAUGAACGUCAGACGAAAAGAGACUGGCAAGUCGUUGAAUACAAAUUGUCUGAACUCGACCGACGGAGAUAGUGGCUGUGGCGUUCGGGGAUCCAAGGCGACGUUUGGCGAGAAAUUCAACGACAACGGUGGCGGAGUCUACGCCAUGGAACUGAGGGAUGCUGGCAUCCGAGUGUGGUUCUUUGACCGCGACAAUAUUCCCAACGACAUCACGACGUCUACAUCGAACUCUACCAAUACCGUCCCCGACCCCUCGACCUGGCCCGAAGCUCUGGCCGACUUCCCUAGCACGGAUUGUGACAUUGAGAGCCAUUUCCGGAACCAAAGCAUCAUCGCCAACAUCGAUCUCUGUGGUGACUGGGCCGGCCAACCUCAGUAUUUCUCGGACCAGUCUGGGUGUCCUGGCACGUGUGUGGAUUAUGUCAGCAACCAGCCUGGCAGUGCUUAUGAGAAUGCGUACUGGGAAUUUGGCGCAUUCCGGGUUUAUCAGGCAUCCUAA